GGAGAUGGUUAGGGGGGGAGAGUCCCGUGCACCAGCAGGAGGGAGAGUGUGCCGUGCACCGGCCGGAGGGAGCAAAGGGCCGUGCAGGCGGGUCCUCCCCUUUACUGUAGCUGGGUUGCCUGGGGCUCUACCACACAUCCUCUCCCCAUUUUUGCCCGCCGGUGUCCUCGUCAGCGGUAAUUUCCUCCGCGGAUAUUGGUCUGCGACGCGGCCUCCUCCCCUUCUGUGUCCUUCCACCGCCCACUCCCCCGUCUCUCCUGCAUCUUCCCAGAACGCCCGCCCGUAACCACCGCCGACAAGGCCGCCGCUUGCCCGCCUAUCGUCUGAAAUGACAGGUGUCUUGCCAUGCCGCGCACGCAACCUAACCGCACUCCCCAUUUUCUUUAGCCUUCCCGCCGCAUUUUUAUCACGAUAAAGAGAGUGCCGGAUAAAGGUAGCAGCCUACACAUCCGUGGUGUCAAUUGCCUGGCACUCUCCAGAUAAAACGGUAAAGCAAGAAACAGCGUGAGAAGGGUUGCUGGAGCGGGUGUUGUCGCCCGCUAGCGCGACACAACGUCUCAACAUCUCGUUUUCUAUAGCCACUGCCAGCGACGGUGGGUCUGACUCUUGUCAGUCGCCUUGUGUGUGUCGUGGUGGUCGUGUUAACCUGCCUCGUCUCCCGUCCCAGCUACCACCACACACACUACUAUCACCCGCGGUACUGCCAAGGCCCCCAGUCUAGCUCCUCAUCCAGCCUGGAGCAACCACUUGAUUUACCUCGUAUCCUUUCCGGUGUUUAGUUGAAAUUGAAUGCGAGUGAAGGUUAGAGGCAAUAAAUCACCUUGUGCGCUGGCCAGCCAGCACAGUGCCCGGCCCAAGUCAGUCGCCAGCGUGUUGCGUGUGGCUAAGCUCCUCCUGGGCAGUCAGUACCCACCUGCUGUGAACGGUGGGUUGUCCCUUGUAUAGUGUCUACAUCUGCGUGUAACUGCGACACCUGACCACUGUUAAAUUUGACGUCGAAAUUGUUAAUAGGAUUGUGAGUGUGGUAAGCGGAGGGUGGCGCUGGGCGGGUCUGUAGUGACGGUCUCAGGUGUUGAGGCAAGUGUCGUGUUGGGAGAUAACACUGGACCAAGGUUUGCUCCACACAUUGACACACCAGUGGGUGUUGUCUUCUGACCACUCAGAGGUGUUCUGAAGCACAUAACAAGUGAAUGGCUUACUGUGUGUUAAGCUGACACAUAGGACAGGCAGAAGUACUACACAUACCUUCUUUAUAUGUAAAUUCGAGUCCUGAUGAAGAGGCAUUGUUUAUGUAUUGAAUACUAAAUGUGUCCUUAUUAGUGUACCUGGACAGAAAUAUAAGCACGGUAAUAAUAAUUACAUAUACAGUCAGUCUGAUAGUAUAUCAACAACGGCUGACAAACAUUAUCAUAAAAAAGGUUCAUAUUCCGAAGGAAGAUAACGCAAUGAAGAGAACUGGGCGCUGAUAAAUGGCGGGAGACUAGGCCUAAAGCCCGAAUAAGAGGCUGCUCCUACCCUAGGCCUACCCGCUUGUCCUAGAACGACUCUCUGGAACAUAUGCUGAAAAUUUACUUUGUUUCAGACGACUGCUAACGUUAGAGGUCGUGAGCUCCUUGCUGCCUUGAGUCACUCCUUUGAUAGCUGCUCGAAAUUCCUCAGGAUUUCGAAUUUCCUUACCUGGCUUUUGAACUUCCUCGAGGCUGUUAGAAUUUCUCAUCUUAGCUGAAACGCUUUUUGCAGGCGUCUCAAAGCAUUUGAACACCCUUACUGGAGUUUAAACGGCAUUAUCAGAAGUCUGAUCGACCUUCCCCCAUCAAGCUCGCGAACCACUGGGUCAGCUGAGCUCUUCCCUCACAACACAGGUCAAAAUGGUUCGGCUUCACACCACGGAGGUGACGAGGGAGAUGGUGUGGCUGGUGGUGGUGGUGGUAACAGCUGUGUUGAUGGAGGGUCCAGUGGUGGUGGUGGCCCCUGUGCCUGUGCCACACCCAACACCUACACCUGACCUACUGACUCUCACACAGGAUUACUGGCACUGGAAGACUCAAGAUUAUCCUCAAUUCGCUACGCACGUUGGCAUCAACGACAACACAGCAGGUCGUCUUGACAGCUACAGCUUGGAACACUUCGAGCAGCGCAAGGUCAAGUGUCAAGAGUUCUUAAGUCGAGCUGAGGACAUCGACGCUGCUUCUCUCUCCUCAGACGACCUCAUCAACCUUAAGAUCUUCAAGUAUGAGAUGACUACAUUUCUGGAGAACUCCCAAUAUAUAAAGUACUUCCCUCCCGUCACCUUCCUGGCAGGACCUCAGCGAGACUUCAAGGACAUUGUUGAGAAGGAGAUGGUUCUCAGCUCUUACAACGAUUACCAGAAGCUACUCUCCAGGUAUGGAGAAUUUCCCCGCCAGGCCCAGGAGAUCAUUGAACUACUCAAAGGCAAUAUUGAGAGUGGUUUGAUGCCCUCUAAUUGGUCUCUGGCGGGCGUGGUGGAACAGUUAGACAGUUUGGGAGGUCCUGUUGAGGACUCGGUGUUCUACAAGCCCUUCCUACACACACCUCUCACCAUCUCAGCUGAACUAAGGACGACGCUGAGACACCAAGCACAGGAGAGGAUCAAGCAAGACUUACUUCCCUUCUUCAAGAAAAUCCGUGAUUUUAUUGAGACGGAUUAUUUACCUGCUACGAGGCCAGAGGUAGCAGUCUCAUCGCUCGAAGGUGGUCACGACUAUUAUCAGGCUUGCCUCAAUUUCCAUACCAGCACCAGCCUCACGCCCCAGGAGAUCCAUAACUUGGGUGUUACAGAAGUGGCCAGGAUAGAAGAGGAGGUGCAGAAGACAGCAGCUGAGAUUGGGAUGGAGGGGAAAACAUUUCCUGAGAUCAGUCAGGCUCUUAGGGAAGACCCAGACCAAGGCUUCAGCAGCAAGGAGGAAGUGCUCAGUACCUACAUAAAUGCUAUCUACAAUGUCAUUAUGCCUCUGAUACCUCAGCUGUUUACCACUGUACCAUCAGAAAAUGUUACGAUCGAACUUGAUGACAACCCUAAUGCUGUGUUUGGAAGAUAUAAUUCACCAUCCAUGGAUGGAUCAAGACUUGGCACAUUUAUUUUAAAUUCCUAUGAUGUUGCCAUGCAUAGGAAAUAUGAGGUCAUGGCCUUGUCCCUGCAUGAAACAGUGCCAGGCCACCAUCUCCACGGCCUCUACAUGUGGAUGAACCCCUCUACCCCAAAUUUUCGGAAAUUUGUUGAUUUCACCAGGAGAACUGAUGCACCAUCAAAGUUUCCACUUCACUCUGUGUUCUCUGAAGGCUGGGGGCUGUACUCUGAGUUUCUUGGAGAAGAGUUGGGUUUGUACGAGGACCCUUAUCAGAGGCUAGGGAGGCACUCCUAUGAACUACUGCGAGCCAGCCGUCUCGUGGUAGACACAGGGAUGCACGCCUUGGGCUGGUCACGCGAGCGGGCUGUUGCUUUCCUCUUAGACCACACAGCAAUGUCUGAAGAAAUAAUAGAGAUUGAAGUUAACCGCUACAUCACAUGGCCAGGACAAGCCUGUUCCUACAAGAUUGGUGAAAUAAAAAUAAAAGAGCUGAGACAAAAAGCUCAGAAUGCUCUUGGUGGAUUGUUCCAGCUGCCAGAGUUCCAUGAUGUAAUACUUCGCUGUACAGGACCACUGAAAAUCCUGGAAGAGUGUGUUACCAACUAUAUUGAAAGGACAAUUUUGGUGAUUGAAAAAGUUACUGAAGAAGAGGAAGUUGAUAUAGUCAAAAGUGAUACUGAUGAAGAAGAUGGGUCUAUAAACCCAAGUUCCAAAGAAAAUGAAAAUGAGAAUGAAUUAGUAGAUGAGACAGAUGGAGCAUCUAGUGCAUUAAGUGAUAAGAGUGCUGUGAUUUUGACUCUAACUGUAUUAUAUUCAUUUCUUCCCUAUCUAAUAAGAUAGUCUUCAGAACUAUAAUCUUCAGUAUGCAUGGGCUGUAUAUUAUUCUGGCUUUAAAGUAUGUACAUUAGUGCGCUGUGUAGCUUUUCAUAUCAAGUCAUAGUCAUAUAUUGUAUAUUAUUUCUGCCAAAUAUAUGUAUUAAACUUAUAA